AUGGUUGCCGUAUUUCUGAAGCUGACUGACGCUUUUAUCGGAAAAAUUCAAAACAUUAGUGUCGAGAUGAAUGAUAGUACGCAGAAGUAUGAAAAUGCAGCUGGCAAUAUACAAUAUAUGACAGGACCACAAGCAGCUUAUACAGUUGUGCCUACAGUACAAUAUGGUACAGAUGCGCAAGUUCAGUAUGUUGGUCAGUUGCAACCGGCUAUAUCAAAUGAGGCUAUUACAAUGGCAAAACUUGAUGGUUCUUUAACGAAUCUAGAAGAACAGCAAAUGACUAUUGAUCCUCGUUACACUCAAAUGAUAUAUUUAAAACAAAAAUUAAGUGGAGCGCCUUCAACUGCUGAUAAUUUGCAAAAACAAGAAGUUAUUGAGAAAGAGGUUCCAAAAUGCUCAUUCACAACCGAACAAAUGGAUCAACUGAAGGCUCAAAUAGGAAUAUAUAAACUUCUUGCCCAGCAACAACCAAUAAAUAUGGCAUUAUUGGCCAGCGCUGUGCAUAAGCCAACUACUCUUUUGCCAGAAAAAUAUGAAUUCUCAGCUGAGACUGAAAAUGGCGAAAAACUUCCCUACGAUUUAAUGAAGAUAUUAACAUUGCAUCAGCAACGUGCAAACAGAACCACUACAUUACCAACACCACCAGGGAUUGAUCCACAAACCAUCCUGAAGGAACGUGAAAAUAGGAUCCAAAAUCGAAUUGGUGCUCGUAUAAAAUGGUUAAGUAGUAUUCCUGGUACUGUUAAUAAAGCUUUGUUAAUGAAGGCAGAAAUGGAAUUACGUGCUUUAAGGCUUGCCAAUCUUCAAAUACAAGUUCGCAAUGAAGUGCUUAAUCAGUUAAAAAAAGAUACGACUUUGGAGACUGCUUUAAAUCCAUAUGCUUAUCGGCGCACUAAACGACAAUCUCUGCGUGAGGCACGUGUUACCGAAAAACUUGAGAAACAACAAAAAGUGGAGCAGGAACGUCGCAGACGCCAAAAGCAUAUGGAGCUUUUGCAAGCUAUAAUUCAACAUGGCAAAGAGUUCAAAGAAUUUCAUCGAAACAAUCAGGUUAAACAUGGAAAGGUCAAAAAAGCCGUUCUUACUUAUCACGCCAAUAGUGAAAAAGAACGAAAGAAGGAUGAGCAGAAGAACGAACGCAUGCGUAUGCAGAAACUUAUGCAAGAAGAUGAAGAAGGUUACCGACAACUGUUAGAUGAGAAAAAGGAUAAAAGGCUUGUAUUUCUAUUGCAACAAACAGAUGAAUAUGUUGAAAGCUUAACUGGUCUUGUAAAACAACAUCAGGCAACUGAGAAGCGCCGAAAAAGAAAGGAAAGAAGAGAGCAAAAAGCUCAACAGAAACUUCAGGAUGUUGGAGAUACUAAUGAUGUCAAGAUCCAUAUUCGCAAUAUAGCAACUGGUGAAAUGCUACCAAGUAGUGAAGCGCCAAAGCCAGAUGAAGUUGAUCCUUGGUUGGAGACGCAUCCUGGAUAUGAGGUUGUAUCUCGCGAUGAAUGUUCCGACAGUGACGAUUCUGAAGUUGAUGAACCGUUGGCUGAGCCGGUGGAAUCAAGAAAAGAUGAUGAAUUUGAGGGUUUAGAUGAAGAAGCUCGCAAUCGUAAAAUUAUCGAAAAGGCUAGAAAUGAGGAAGAUGAAUACGACCAGAAAACUCGAAGACAAAUUGAAUCAUAUUAUGCCACUGCUCAUAAAAUUAAGGAAAAAAUUGUAACACAACAUUCAACUAUGGGUGGAGGUAAUCCUGAGCUACAACUAAAACCAUAUCAGUUGAAAGGAUUGGAAUGGAUGGUUUCUCUUUAUAACAAUAAUCUUAAUGGCAUUCUUGCCGAUGAAAUGGGACUUGGUAAAACUAUUCAGACCAUCGCUCUCGUAACCUAUCUAAUGGAAGUUAAAAAACUUAAUGGACCAUAUCUUAUCAUCGUUCCUCUCUCUACCAUCGCAAAUUGGAGUCUAGAACUAGAAAAAUGGGCUCCGCAUGUCGUGAAAAUUGUUUAUAAAGGGAAUAAAGAAUGCAGGAAGAAAAUGGAAGCUGUUAUUCGUCGAAAUACUUUUAAUGUUCUUUUGACUACCUACGAUUAUGUUUUAAAAGAAAAAGCUCUUCUUGGAAAAAUACGCUGGAAGUAUAUGAUUAUUGAUGAGGGUCAUCGUAUGAAAAACCAUAAUUGUAAAUUAACAUUGGUUCUCAAUGGCUAUUUUACAGCGCAACAUCGUCUUUUGCUCACUGGCACACCACUUCAGAAUAAACUUCCUGAACUGUGGGCUUUACUUAAUUUCCUUCUUCCCUCAAUUUUCAGUUCCUGUGGGACCUUCGAGCAGUGGUUCAACGCUCCAUUUGCUACAACCGGUGAAAAAGUUCUUCGUCCAUUUUUACUGCGUAGACUUAAAAAAGAAGUGGAAAGCCAAUUACCAGAAAAAACAGAAUAUGUUAUAAAAUGUGAUAUGAGUGCGCUUCAGCGAAUGCUAUACCAGCAUAUGCAAAAAGGCCUUCUCAUAGAUAGUAAACAUGCUGGUGGUCGAGCUUUGAUGAAUACAGUUGUUCAUCUUCGCAAGCUGUGCAAUCACCCUUUCCUCUUUGAAAAUGUCGAAGAAGAAUGUCGUGAAUUUUGGAAGGUUCAAGAUGUUACAGGUAAGGAUCUUUAUCGAGUAAGUGGCAAAUUCGAAUUAUUGGACCGAGUGUUACCAAAGUUGAAAGCGUCUGGGCACCGUAUUCUAAUGUUUUGUCAGAUGACAUCUCUUAUGACCAUUAUGGAAGACUAUUUUAAUUAUCGAGAAUACAAAUAUCUGCGCCUGGAUGGCAGCACGAAGCCGGAUGAGCGUGGACAAUUGUUAGGGAUGUAUAAUGCUCCGGGCAGUGAAUAUUUCAUAUUCAUACUUUCAACACGAGCAGGCGGUCUUGGUUUAAACCUGCAAACAGCCGAUACCGUCAUAAUUUUUGAUUCUGAUUGGAAUCCUCAUCAGGAUAUGCAAGCUCAAGAUCGAGCUCAUCGUAUUGGUCAAUCACGCGAAGUUCGGGUAUUACGUCUUGUCACAGUAAAUAGUAUCGAAGAAAAGAUCCUCGCAGCUGCUAGAUACAAAUUAAAUGUUGAUGAGAAAGUUAUACAGGCUGGCAAAUUUGAUCAGAGAUCGACGGGCGCCGAACGCAGACAAAUGCUUGAGCAAAUUAUUAGAGCAGAAUCAGAGGAUGAUGAUGAAGAUGAGGUCCCGGAUGAUGAAACUAUCAAUCAAAUGAUUGCUCGAUCCGAGGAGGAAUUUGAUCUCUUCCAAAAAAUGGACAUUGAACGAAGACGCCAAGAAGCUGCAGAAUAUCGUCGCAAACCUCGUCUUAUUGAAGAUAACGAAAUACCUGUAGGAAUUGUUAAGGCAUCACAACAUUUCAUGGAUGAGGAAAAAGAUGCACGUAAGGGCAAGAUAACAAUGGAAACCAUGGGAAGGCGAAACCGUAAAGAAGUUGAUUAUUCACAGGAUCUUAUGUCGGAUAGAGAUUGGUUGCGAAGUAUUGACGAAGAUAUUGACGACGAUGAAGAUGAAGAAGAAGAAGAUAAAAAAAAGAAAAAAUCCAAGAAAGAAAAAAGUGGCAAGCGAAAGCGGCAAGGAGAAGAUGACGAUGAUGAACCUCACAAAAGAAAGAAAGUUUCACCUGAGUUAACAGCAGCUCUUACCAAACUUUAUGAAGGAAUAGUGAAUUAUCGGACAAGUAGUGGACAUGAACUGGCAGCUGCCUUUGAACAGCUGCCAUCUCGACGCGAAUUACCAGAUUAUUAUGAAGUUAUUGAAAGACCAAUGGAUUUAAAUAAGAUGAAGAGGAAAAUCAAGGAAGGACGUUAUACAUGUGUUGAAGAUAUGGGUCAGGAUCUAAAACUUCUAUGCGAAAAUGCUCGUAAAUAUAAUAUCGAUGGAUCGGAAUUAUUCAAUGAUUCGAUUUUGCUCGAUAAAUUAUGGGAUACGCUUACUGGUGGAGGGGAACCAGUGAACAAAUCUAAAACACCUUGUCAGAAUGAAACGUCAUCAACAGGACAAGAUGAUGGAAGUGAUGAUAGUGAAGAAAAAACACUUCAGAAUUCUGUUACCGUCUUGUAA